CUUGCUUUGCUCAAGUAGUAAGGGGACUACUGAACAUAUACUAAAUACACAGGGUAUCCACUAAAGGAAAAGAACUACCACUAUUUCCCUGUAUUUUUCUUCCCUCUUCUAUUCAAACAAAACUGUGAAGACAGUUCUGGGUGAAAAGCGAAAAGGUAUAUUUUAAAGGAGUUUAGUUGAAAAUAGCGCCAAGCAAGGGCAUAUGUGUGAAGUAAUUUCACCCAAUAAUUUUACAAACUCCUUGUUUUUCUUCUCUGUCGGGAUAAUAUUGGAACAAAUUUAGUUAGACCCUCUAUUUGGGCAAGCAUUCUUCAAAAGAUAAGUUAAAUUUAUCUUUUUCAUUGUGUUUUCACUUUCUUAAUUUUACAAUUUUAGCCCGAUACUUUCAAAAUUUGACAGAGGACCAUUUAAGUAGUCUAGCUAACAGAGUACUGCUUGAAAACAAACAAACCCCUGAAGAACGCUUUUAAACGAAGCUAUAAUUUGUUACCGUGUUUACAAAGACUGGGCAAAAAUACCGUUUUACGAUCAGUUUUGCCCUUAAACUGACACCGAACACGACGACAGUUGAAUGACAUUCGAGUACUUUGCCCUCAAAGAAAAUUAUUAUUACUCAAUGUUAUAACCUGUUAUAUCUUUAUUCUAAUAAACUUCCCCAGCAGGUAAGAAAACAACGCUUCCUAUGUAUUUGCAGUGAGAUAUAAUUUUUUAUUGGAAUUAUUAACCUAUUAUUGAUUAUAUUUGCGUAUUGUAAUGGUAAUUUGAGAUAGAUCAUUUACAUUUUUCCAUAAUUUCUGAUAGAAAUUAUUUAAAGCUUUUUAUUCCAUUAAUAAUUCUAAAACGUGCGCCAUCUGAAAUUCAGACAACACGUAUUGAAAGUGGUAACAAAACAAAACGUAGAAAAGAUACCAUCUUGAAUAACAUUGGCAACAAAACCAAACACGUAUCAAGAUAGCAUUCAUUGUUCGUCUCCUUUUUGCAUGGUGCUUAUAUACACAUUGGUCGAUUUCAAUUCCGACGCUUAUUGUUUUCGAUAAACAUCUCUACACAAUUGUUUAUAAAUCUAUUUAACUGAACCUUCAGCGCCUUUAUGGCAAUCUAGGAGUCCCGUAGCCUCGUCUGAAUGCCUACCGCUGAUGAAGCCAUUGUCUGUUACUUCAUAGUCCUUCUUUCCAUGCUGUCAAUUUGUAUUAUGAUUGGGAGCUACUGUCUUAAUUGAAACGCUGUUUUUUUUCUGACAUUAACCACCAAUUCAUGAGUGAAACUAACCAAUUUAUAGACUUGCAAUCCGGACUUGGAAUUUCAGAGAAAAAUCAAACAGGAAGUUGUUCCGAAUGUGAACUUGUUUCCCAAAUAAAGUUAACAAAUCAGGAUCCAAUCUACUUUUCGAUUUCAUCUAGAAUUACCACAUACGACCUUGAAUUUAACCCUCUUCUUAAUGGAGAAGUCUUGGAUUGGAAACAUCACAGAAAAAUGAUUCACUGGUAAACAUCGAUAUGAAAUCAACCACCUGUGAAGAUUUAUUAUCCCGACCGAAACAAUCAUUACAUUUAUCGAAUCAGUUAUUACAAAUCAGAGAAGGCAGUUAUAAUAUUAUAACCAGCGGGGGUUGGUUUGGUGACGGAGGCGGUGGGUGUUGCCGCGUGGUGGCGCUGCUAGGUCGUGUUCUGCGGGUGGCACUAUUUCUGGAAAUGACUGCAGUUUUAUUUACGCGUGGUGGAGCUUCUGUGAUCGAGAUUGACUGGAACAAAAACAACAAAGUAUUCCGAGGGUCUAGUGGACACCUGGUGCGGGUGCACAUAGGAGACAGACUGGAGAUCACCUGCAGCCAUAGACAGUCCCGCAUUCUACUAACUGACCAAUUCUCAGAUUAUCUUCGGUGCAAUUUCAACGACAGCCAGCCAACGCUAGAAUCAUUAAACCUAAAUUCCAGCAAGCAAUCAUCAUCUUCAUCCUACUACAUGACAUCAAGUGCAAAUCAACAGCAACGACAACAAUCACAACAAACACGGAAGCCUCUUUGGGAAUUGAACUGUAGUGAUUUGUAUCGUGAAGAUAUGAAAUAUUACAGGCUGAAGAUGCAGUUGCCAGUGUAUAGAUACCCUUCACUGGUUGAUCAGCCCAGAUUCCAGUUUGCAAAGCCAUACUUCCUCAUAGACGUGGGGACACCAGAAUACCAAACAACACCCUCGCCCCACACAAUUAGGCAGGCUCUACCCAAUAAUCUCUUUAUAACCCCAAGCGGGGAGGGGGAAGGGGGAGGGGUGAUGAUGGACGAUGCGGGUGAAAGACAAGGGGCCACCCGGAAGCCGAAAACCAGACGGCACGAUUCUGCUUCCAAAGAGACACAACACAAAGAGCAGAGAGUGUACAACAUGUGUGAACAGUAUCGACUGAAGUUGUCCAUAUUUGUCGAGUUCAGAGAUGACAGUAUCGGCUACAGCCACGAGCAUUUGCCAAUUGCAGACGAAAUUGAAGCAGCUGAAUCUUUAUUCAAAGACGAAAACCAUUUGACAGAUGGAGGAGGGAGCAAUUACAGUUCAACAUACUACUACAAGCUACGGCAGCCAAAUGCAAACGACGAGAAAAAGCCAAAAGAAAAACAGACAGACCAAGAAAAUGCUGGCCAAGAGUUUCUCAGAUUCCAAAGAGUGCCACACCCAGGUGCAACUAUAAACUACAAGGAGCCCUAUAAACCCUCCCCCUCUUCUCAAACACCGUCGUCAUCUUCGCCCCACCAUCCACUGCCAAACAACACUCCAGUUGCAUCCUCAUCUGACCUUUUGACCCCUGAUCGCGGAAAAUUUCCAGCCGAAGAUUCAAGUAUUGAUGCCAAUUGGAACAACAACAAUAAUAAUUUUGAUGCAAACUCAAAUUUUUUCAGCGUAAACCCAAGAGAUAAUCAAGGAAAUGAAGGCAAUAAUGAUUUUUACAAUACAAAUAACGGCAAUGAUGGCAGAAUUGGCGGAAAUAGCGCGGCCACUAAUGAGACAGAUUUUAGAGUUUGCUUAGUUUCAGUUUUAAUGUUUUUAAAUAUUUAUUUUUACCCCUGGUGCUAGCGAAUGGACUAAUUAUUUAAUUUAAUUUUUACUGAUGCGUUUCAAUGCAG